UUUAAAGUUAUUUUUCAAAAUUUUCCCUUCAAAUUCAAACCACCCAUGACACUUUUAUUUCCCCAAUGUAUUAAAAAAAAAAAAAAAAAACCAGUAUAACUCCUGCUUCUUUGCUCUCGCAAAUUCCCAAUCCAAAUCCCCAAACAAAACCAUCCUGUAUCUUUCACAAACUUCCGGAUUCUUCUUCCCCAAAAUCCUCUCUCUCUCUCUCUCUCUCAUUUUCCGUUCCCGUCAAUCUAGGUUUCACAUUCUCCUUUUCGCGUCUCCCGAGAUCUUCUCUUUUUCAACCGCCUUUUUCUACUUCCUCUCACAUUCAGAUCUUCUCUUCUCUCCGCUGCUUAUCACACUCCGUCUCGCUCCAUUCUUCAUCAAGAAGUCGAAAUCCAAGAUCCGCAUUGCCUGUUUGUGAAUCUCUUCACGACUCUGAGAAGUUUCCGCAAUGGCGAAGCGAUUUGGCGAAUUCUUCUUUACGCUUCUUCUGCUCAUCGUUUGCGUAGGAUCUGCAGUGUCUGCGCAGUCGCCGGAGAGCGCACCGAGUCCGGCGCCGGCACUCGGCGCGGAUUCGCCUAUUCCUGUGUCUUCCGCUCCAACUGUCGGCGCUCCGGUGUCUGAUUCUCCGACUUUUUCGCCGCCGUCUCCUCCGCCGGAGACUCACGCUCCAGGUUCCUCUCCAACAUCUUCUCCUCCUCCUUCUCCUUCCACGGAGAAAUCUCCAGUUCCGUCUCCUUCGCCGGAUGCGAGCGACAUCAACCACAGCGACAUGGACGUGGACGGAGAAGUACCGGAGGGAUCGUCCGGAGGAAUGAGCGGAGGCAAGAAGGCAGGGAUUGCGGUCGGAGUACUUGCAGCUGCUUGUUUGGUUGGAUUGGGAGGAUUUGUGUACAAGAGACGCCAGGACAACAUUCGCCGAUCUCAGUACGGCUACUCGGCGAGGAGAGAGAUACUUUGAGAUCUAAUUGCUUCUCUUAGAGGUCACUGAAAUUUUUUUCCGCCAUUUUUAGUUUCUUUAUGUCUCUGCCAUAUACCGUGCUUUAGUUCUGGAGAUGGUGAAUUCGAUUCUUGAUAUUCUUUACCGGGGAUUAUAUGAAUUUUCGAUUUGAUAUGAUUUCUUUGUUGAAAAGAGAUAUCGUAGUCCAUAAUAGUCAGUGAUGUUUUUCAUUUUUAGAAUAUUGAAUUUGGAGCCAUUAUGUAGCUUGAUUUUGCUUUUGGUUGAUCGGAUCUGCGCUUAU